AUGUUUAGGCUACCAUACUACAUAGACGAAGAGGUGAAGCUGUCGCAGUCGCUGGCCAUCCUCCGCCAUCUGGGAAGGAAGCACGGCCUCUACGGGGAGACGGAGGAGGAGCAGUGUCGACAGGACAUGGCCGAACAGCAACACGGAGACCUCAAUUGGGCCAGGAGGCAACUUGUCUAUUUCGAUUUCACUCCCGAGAACAACUCGAAGUAUCUUCAGGAGACUCUCCCGCCGCAUUUGGAGCUCUUCACGAAAUUCAUCGGCAAUAGCAAAUGGCUGGUCGGAGAUCGCUUGACAUACGUGGAUUUCCUAUGGUACGAGAGCUUGGAUUGGCACCUGUAUCUGGAUCCGGAAUGUUUCAAGGACUUCCCGCUCGUCCGUGACUUCAUGGACCGAUUCGAGAACCUCCCAAACGUCAGGGAGUACUUGAAGUCGGACGAGUUCCAGAAGUGGCCCCUCUUCGGCCCCAAGGCCCAGUGGGGACACAAUGAAGAAGAUAAGAAGCUUCGAUUCCCCGAUGACUGA